GACGCUGAUGCUGAUUGAAGAAGUGGACCGCUGAUGCACCCAUACUUGGGCUACCUCAUGGUUGAAUCAAUUGGAGCAAAAGUAUAUUGGGUCUGCUGUUCUGCAGUGUUUCUUGGCUGAUCAUCCAUUGAGAUUAAUUGAAGAUAUUGGCCUGGAUCUGACAUUUAGUUAACGAAACUUUGCGUUUUGGCUGGAAAUUGGACAGCACUUGAAUUAAUGAAACGGUGAGUUUCGCAGCAGCUGCCUAAGGGGUCUCCUCCCUUGCUUUUUAUUUGCAAAGCUGCCGAGACAUCCAUUCAGAGGAGAAAAGGGAAGAUUUAGAACGAAGAUGUCAGAAGAGUUGAAAAUAAUUAAUGAUACUUUCUUUCAUAGAGUACCAAUGGCGCCGCAGUAUCAAGUCCCCAAUUCCACCACCGCCUUCUUCCAUCACCAACCGCAAUCUUUCUCAUUCCCCAACACCGCUUGGCCAUUCCCUCAGAACCCGCCCCCAAAUCCUAAACUCGCAAUUGACCACGCGGAGCGCGCCGCAGCCGCCGCUUUCAGCGCCGUCCUAGCUGGUGGUGGCUCGGUCUCGGCAUGGGAGGUCUCCCAGACCACUCUGUCCAUGCUCCAAGUCGAUUCUUGGAACUCCUUGGGCAUCAAAAUGCAGCAAGUACCCUCCCUUCACCGCAUUUUGAUCACCGAAGGUAAGGUGAAUGCUUUUGUCCAUUGCUUUGUUGGGGUCCGAAGGAUCACUUCCUUGUAUGAUUUGGAAGUGGCAAUAUGCAAGAAUGAGGGUGUUGAUAACUUUGAAGCGUUAGGAUUGGGACCUUUGUUGCAGCAUCCUUUGGUUAUUCAUUAUUUCUCCCUUCGCUCUGAUGUAACCCAGGUGUUUAAGAUAACGAGUGAGGAGAUAAUUCAGUUUUUGAGUGAGUUUUUGGAUGCUUCUACAUGUGACAAAAUUAUUAAGGUUGAACAGUUUUUGGAUUUUAUUGCCAAGAAGCUAUUGGUUAAAUGCAAGGAAUGGCUUGGGAUUCGGAUUCAGAACUUGGGGAUGCAUAUAUCUGCUAUACGAGAAGCUAGAAAUUCGGAGCAAUCAACAUUAGAGAAACACUUGAAGACCUUAAAUUUGAAGAUUGAUAAGUUUGGGAAGCGUUCUCUCUCUUCCUCUCAGAAAAAGCAGUUAGAUGAACGUUUUAAUGCAAUUACUCAGCGCAUUGAAUGUUUUUCUCCUGUAAAAAAGUCUUUUUGUGGAAAGCAUAUAAGAUUUAUGUCAUCAAGCUCUGAAGACGAAGAUAGUGAUUCUUCUGCACCUGAACAAAGUAAUAACAUAAUGGGUAACCAGUCAAACCCAUCACCACAAUUCACUAGAAGUUCAGAACGAGUAAGUAGUUGUCCUUACCCAUCUGCAACUGAAGAGAUGGCACGACUUGGGGUGAGGAGUGAUCUAAGUUCUACAAGAAAGGAAUUCUGUCAACAACCAAGAAAGAAAAGGAAAUUUGAAAAUGUAACUUCUACAAGAUCCGCUGCUUAUAAGUUGCAAAAGAGAAACAGACUCGGACGUGCUGUAACCCCAAUCCAUAAUGGUAACAAAACAGACAAAACCAAGGUACCAAUCAAUAUGGAAGGAGAUCUUUCAAUCACUAAUGAUUCUUUGCACUUGUUUGUCACAACCUGGAAGGAGGCAUGUUUAGAGCACACGGUUGAUGAGGUUUUCGAGAGGAUGCUUCAAUUCUAUAAAGUAAAACACUGUCGCUGGAGGAGAAUAAAAAAUUUGUUCUCAUCAUAUCCUUUCAUUGGGUUACUGAAUGUUGCUGUUUCAUUUAUCAAGUCUGGAAUGAGGAACAACAUGUAUGAUACCUUCCCAGAUAUCAUUGAUAAUGAAUUAAAUAACUCCCCAACCAAGCGGUCUUCUGAACAUGAGACUAUUGAUGUUGGACCAUGCCAGGAGAAAGUGCCAGUCAUAACAAUGGAUAGCAUAGAGAAUGCAAAGUGUAUUUCUUCUGGUGAUGUCAUCAUAAAAAUUGGAACUUAUUUUGACCAUGACAAUGAGAUAAAUAGAGUUAGUAGCAACUCACUAAUGCAAUACAGAAUUAUGUUGUUGAGGAAGUUUUGCAGCUGUGAAAAUUGGUUGGCAAAGGAAUUUGGUAUUAAAAACUUCGAUUCUCUUGGUUAUGGAGAUUUCAUAUCAUUCCUAGAAAAACACAUUAACCAGUUGCCUCAUGANCUACUGAAGUUGUUUGNUGGNGAUAGAUGUGAAAAUUUCCCUUUUGGNGCCUGCAUGUCUACAAAUCAAUUGACUGCUCUAGUAUCUCAGGCUCUUAGUACUUUGUGGGAGAAUGAAAUAGUAACCAAACAAAUGCUAUCCAUGCUUCUUACGAGGCAGUUCCCUUCAAUUAUGUUUGACGUUCCUCCAAAUGACUCUCUAGUGAAUCUGUUGAAUGCUGUUCAGGGGCAUAAAUCUUGUGUGACUUCAAAAUGUGUUGUAUUUUCGGCAACUAUUACAGGAAAGAACUAUAAUGGAGAGUCAUCAAGUGAUAGAGAUAAUAAUUGGUCAGAAAUGACGACUGAUAGGACUGAGAUGAGCCAUGCAAAAAAAAAUGAAAAUGUUAUGGCAAAAAAUGCUAUNGAACUCUUUCUCAAGUCUCCAAUGUUGUCUGAUUUGAGCAAGUGGUCUCAUUGGGAUCUUAGGUUUGCUCCCUUUCUAGGUCCGCUAAUAUCAUGGUUGUUGAAUGAUGUAAAUACCCAGGAAUUAUUGUGUUUAGUUACCAGAGAUGGAAAGGUGAUACGGUUAAAUCAUUCUGCUUCCUUAGACUCUUUCCUGGAGGCCGCACUUCAAGGAUCCUCUUUCCAAACUGCAGUGCAUUUGCUGUCUCUGAUCUCACUUGUAGGGGGGGAAAAAUAUGUUCCAUUGUCACUNUUAAAAUGCCAUGCUUGUCAUGCAUUUGAAGUUAUGUUCAGAAACACUGUUGAAGAUGUUGAAGUUAGUGAUGAUGGGAAUGCUCUCUAUCAGUCUGUGGAAGCAUUAAGUAAAACAAAAAUUUUAACUGAAAUCUCAAAUGCUAAAAUGGGAAGUGAGUUUAGCAAACACANACGGAAAGUGAGUAAAGUUGCAUCCAUUCUCUCAAGGUUUGUGCUUGAUUGUCUUGGUCACUUACCAGCAGAAUUUCACAGUUUUGCUUNUGACUUGUUGCUUUCUGGGAUGCAAUCUGUUUUCAAGGAUGCUGCNUCAGCUAUUUUAUGUGAAUGCAGCAAUAUUGAGCAACGUUUCAUGCUUCAUGAAAUAGGAUUAUCUUUGGGUAUUUCUGAAUGGAUCAAUGAUUACCAUUCAUUUAUUUCAAACAACACUUCUGACAUUCAUUGUACUCAAGUGUCAUGCUUAAAAGAUGCCAAAACUGAUAUAAAUGCAAGGGGUCAUGACCAAUGUACUUUGGAUAAGUCUCCUAUUCCUGAAGCAAAUAUUGAAGUCACUGGAACAGUUNAUCAAGAAAAACCUAACCAGGAAUCUGANACUUNCUGCCUGGGAAAUUCAUUUCAAAAUGNUGCUGAUGUGGAUGCUCCACUGCUUAUUGAAUCCAUCAGGCGGGAUGAAUUUGGCCUAGAUUCAAGUCUUUCUGAUAUUGAUACUUCAAUGUUGAAGAAACAACACGCUCGGUUAGGGAGAGCACUGCAUUGCCUUUCACAAGAACUAUAUUCUCAAGAUUCACAUUUUAUUCUNGAGUUGGUUCAAAAUGCAGAUGACAAUAAUUAUCCAGAAAGUGUGGAACCAACUCUUACAUUUAUUCUUCAAGAAUCUGGUAUAGUUNUAUUGAAUAAUGAGCUAGGUUUCUCUGCUCAAAAUAUGAGAGCACUUUGUGAUGUUGGAAAUUCAACAAAGAAAGGAUCUAAUGCUGGAUACAUAGGGAAAAAAGGCAUUGGUUUCAAGUCUGUUUUCCGGUUCUCGUUGCAGGUCACAGAUGCUCCAGAAAUUCAUUCUAAUGGUUUUCAUGUUAAAUUUGACAUUAGUGAAGGCCAGAUUGGUUUUGUUUUGCCCACAGUAAUACCUCCGUGUGAUGUUGGUAUAUUCAGGAGGAUGGCAUCUAAUGAUAGCAAAUUGUAUGAUGAUGGUCCCUGGAAGACAUGCAUUCUGCUUCCAUUCAGAUCCCAUCAAUUAGAAGGAAUGCCCUUGNAUAGUAUUUUGACUAUGUUUUCGGAUCUUCAUCCUUCAUUGUUACUAUUUCUUCAUCGCNUGAAGUGUAUCAAGUUGAGAAACAUGCUUAAUGAUACACUCAUUGUUAUGAAAAAGGAAAUUUUAGGAGAUGGUAUCAUUCAGGUUUCUCAUGGGAAUGAGAAAAUGGUGUGGUUUGUAGUAUCCCAGAAGUUGCAAACAAAUUCCAUUCGCUUUGAUGUGAAGACAACUGAAAUCUCUAUGGCAUUUACUUUGCACGAAUCAGAUAAUAGUUACAUUCCAUGUUCAGAUCAACAACCUGUUUUUGCAUUUCUUCCUUUAAGAACAUAUGGNCUGAAGUUUAUUCUUCAAGGUGAUUUUGUUCUUCCUUCAUCUAGAGAGGAAGUUGACGGAGACAGUCCUUGGAAUCAGUGGUUGCUGUCAGAGUAUCCUAGUUUGUUUGUCAGGGCACAGAGAGAAUUUUGUGAACUUCCCUGUUUUAGGAGUGAGCCUGAAAAGGGUUUGUCUGCCUUCAUGAGUUUUGUUCCAUUAGUUGGUGAAGUUCAUGGUUUUUUCUCCAGUCUUCCUCGUUUGAUUAUUUCUAAACUGCGAAUGAUGAAUUGCUUACUUGUGGAUGGUGAAAAUAGAGAGUGGGCUACUCCAUGUAAGGUAUUGAGAGGCUGGACAGAGCAGGUGCGUGAUCUUAUUCCUGAUAAUAUGCUUCUUGAACACCUUGGGCUUAGAUACCUGAAAAAAAAUACAGUAUUGUCUGAUGCAUUAGCAAGGGCACUAGGCAUUGAGGACUAGGC